AUGUUUUCAAGAAGCAUACUACUCCAAGCUUCGGCUCUUUUGCCCUUGCUAUACGCACCCGCCUCCGCACAAAACGCUUGCAACAACUCGCCCGACCUAUGUACCCGCCCAUACAACAACAUCACAUACCUGGGUGCGCACAAUUCUCCAUUCCUAAGGAAUAAAGAGACAUCGUUCUCUACAUCUGGAAACCACUACUACAACACAACAACACAACUCGAUGCUGGCGUGCGCCUUCUCUCAGGACAGGUCCACAAAGCCAACGGCACCGGCAACGAUGCAUGGCAUCUCUGCCACAGCAGCUGCGACCUACUCGACGCUGGAACUCUGGAAAGCUGGCUCAGUGAAAUAAAAACCUGGAUGGACGCCAACACAAACGACGUCGUAACCCUCCUCCUCGUAAACUCCGACAACGCCUCCCCCGCAGACCUCGGCGGAGUCUUUUCCUCGUCAGGACUCGACAAAAUCGCCUACUCGCCUCCAAGCUUGACAACCACACCGCAAACAUGGCCCACGCUCGACACACUAAUCGGCAACAACACCCGCUUGAUGUCUUUCGUCGCCAGCCUCUCGAACCCCUCGUCAGACUACCCAUACCUCAUGGACGAAUUCGUGUACAUGUUCGAAAAUGACUACGAAAACGUCUCUCCCUCAAAUUACUCCUGUAACCCAUCGCGCCCGGAAGCCGUUGCUGGAAACCCCUCUACAGCUCUAGAGUCUGGUCGCAUGUUCCUGCAAAACCACUUCUUGUAUGAGACGCAGCUCUUUGGUAUCCAAUCUCCUAAUGAGACCUAUGCCAAUGUCACCAAUGCGGAGACCGGCUUUGGAAGCUUAGGCGAAUCGAUACAAGAGUGCGAGGGUAUCUAUGGAAAGCCGGCCAGUUUUGUCAUGGUGGACUUCUUUAACGUCGGACCUGCGAUUGCGAGUGUAGAUCGCGCCAACGGCGUGAGUGGCGCACAGGGCAGAAAGAGUCUCAGCACAGAGGCGUUGGUGCAAAGUACUGGUGCUGGAGUCAGAGAGAGGGGAAGCUUACUGGCUGUGGUUUUGGCAGUCGGUGUCGCUGUUAUCUUUGGAGCCUAA